AUGUUGGAGCUGGCAGAAAGCCUCUUGGCCUUGCUGGUGGUUUGCCUUUCGGCCUUGGUCCUCCUCUCAGCAUGGAGCCAAAUGGCUCAGAGAAGGCAGCUGCCCCCGGGGCCUACGCCCCUCCCCAUCCUGGGCAACCUGCUGGAUCUGAAGACCCAUGACAUGCUCACAUCGUUCAAGAAGGUAAGCCGUUGCGACGGCACCCGUCUUUGCAGAAGUCAGACUUUUUGUCCAGUCUUGUCCACUCUGGCUGGCAGCCCCAGCUCUCCAGAGCCUCAGGGCAAGAGAUAUCUUUGUCAUCAUCACCUGUAUGACUUCAGCCUUUGAGUAGCCAUGUACCCAGGGCCUCUCCUGGAGGACCUUACGGUCUUCAAACAAAAACAUCUUGGAGGUCCCGGGCCACAGGGAGGUUAGGCUGGCCUCAACCAGAGCCAGGGCUUUUUCGGCCGCGGCUCCAAUCUGGUGGAACGCUCUGUCACAAGAGACUAGGGCCCUGCGGGACUUGACAUCUUUCUGCAGGGUCUGCAAGACAGAGCUGUUCCACCAGGCCUUUGGCCAAGGCACAGUCUGACCCCCUCCUUUGGUAAUCCUCAUAGAACUCUAGCCCAAUGGUUGCCAUUAAUUUGAUUCUGAAUUGAUUUUAGAAUGAAUUAAUUUUAGAAUGCUGUGUUACUUUUAUUGUUGUUAGUCGCUCUGAGCCUGGCUUUGGCUGGAGAGGGUGGGAUAUAAAUAAAUAUUAGUAGUAGUAGUAGUAUUCUGCGUGAGGACCAAGCGAUCUACCAUUGCCCCUUUCCAUUGAGGCUCUCCUGCCUCAGUGCCAAGAGGAGAUUCAUGAGGGCUAGAACCUUGUAAUUAAAAAAGAAAGAAAAUUAAAGUGGGAGAACAAGGUGACCAAAAAAACAACAACCCUCCUCUCAUUCUAUUCUCUUUCUAUUAUUUCCUGCUUUUGUUAGGCUCUGCUCUGAGUUCUUGUCUAACAUCUAAAACUGCACUUUCUACUGUCGGCCUCUCUCCUUUUUUGCUGACUUUGCUGGACCACUGACCCUGAGCAAAUUCAUAGGCCUAGCCCAUUUCCCCUCUUUUAUACUUUGCAAUCUAUCUUCUUUGCUUUGUUUUCACCUCUAAAUUUCUAUACCUCUCCCUCGCACGCUUCCUUUCCUUUCUUGCAUAUCUUUCUACAGUGGUACCUCAGGUUACAUACGCUUCAGGUUACAGACUCCGCUAACCCAGAAAUAGUGCUUCAGGUUAAGAACUUUGCUUCAGGAUGAGAACAGAAAUCGUGCUCUGGCGGCGCGGCAGCAGUAGGAGGCCCCAUUAGCUAAAGUGGUGCUUCAGGUUAAGAACAGUUUCAGGUUAAGAACGGACCUCCGGAACGAAUUAAGUACUUAACCUGAGGUACCACUGUAUCUGUUUUUAGAUUGAAGGCCAUUUCCAGGCACAAGUCUGGCUUAUCGUUUGCAGGAGGAAAGCAAACGAGCAGAUGCAAUCAGCAGCAAAUUUCAGUCUCUUUUAAUUAACCGAAAGUGGGCCACAGAUGUGCAUUAAUAAACUGGGAUUAAUACCCACCUCUGGCUACAGCGAGAUAAGCCUGUGUGCCCAUGGAGUUUGCAGAGGUGGUGGGUAUUAAAUUUCCCAGCCACCGCCUGUUCCCAAGAGGUGCAGCCCUUUGAAAGGGUAUCGGGUUACCCUCUUGGAAAAAAUGUGCCAAGGCUUGUCAGGGUGGUGGGGCGGGUGCGGCUCUUUCUGGGGGCAGAAGAAGAGCCUUGUGGCGAGAACAAAGACAAAGGGGGAUUUACCACCGUGACACCAGCACUGGAGCUGCGCCGGGGCCCUUGCGUCAUGAUCGGCAGCGUUUUGGGAGAUAACGCAAUAGCACCAAAACCGAUACCAAGGCGCCCUUGUUGGUUCAGUUCCAACUCCGAUAAUGCAGCCAGUCUGGGUUGAGCACCAGGUUGGGGCCUUGCUCCAUGGCGGAUUGGGUACUUUGCAUGCCAACAGGAAGCAGCAGUCGGACUGUCCUUCACUUAAGGCCUCAGAGAGCAGCAACUGAUAGUCAAGUAAAAAACCUAGAUGGUGCCGAGAUGUUGCAGUGGGCAGCACUUCCCAUCAGCUCAGCCAGCACAGCAGUUGUCCCAUCAUCCCUAGAAUUAUGCAGCCAUGCCGGUUGGGGCUGAUGGGAGUUGUAGUCAGGGCCAUCUUAAGCAUAUACGGCGCUGUGGUGCAAAGUUCCCUUCGGCCCCCCACCCACUGUUUCCAAGAGUUGUCGACCUUUUCCAAGCCUCUCCUCCCGCAGAGGCUUGGGAAGGAAGCUGCACGCCUGCCAGCCAUAUACCGUAUUUUUUGCUCUAUAGGACUCACUUUUUCCCUUCUAAAAAGUAAGGGGAAAUAUGUGUGUGUGUGUCUUAUGGAGCGAAUGCAGGCUGCACAACUAUCACAGAAGCCAGAACAGCAAGAGGGAUCGCUGCUUUCACUGCGUAGUGAUCCCUCUUGCUGUUCUGGCUUCUGAGAUUCAGAAUAUAUUUUUUCUUGUUUUCCUCCUCCCAAAACUAAAUGUAUCUUAUGGUCUGGUGCGUCUUAUGGAGCGAAAAAUACGGUAGUUGACGGGGUGCAUCUUCCAUCCUAAGCCUCUGCGGGUAUCGCUCUCCUCCUGCGGAGGCUUGGGAGGCAAGCUGAAUGCCCACCAGCCAUAUGGUUGACGGGCCGUAGCUGGCGGGUGUGCAGGAAGGAAAGGGGAGGCCACCGGCAAAGCCGCACAGCUCCCCCACUUGCUGGGGCGCCCCUGAGAGGCCGGCAUCCUGGCGCAACGCGCCAGCAAACCAAAUGGGAAGGGCGGCUCUGGUUGUAGUUCAAAACAUCUGGAGGGCAUCGGGUUGGAGAGGGCUGUGCUAGAUGGCCACGGCAGGAGGCAAAGGCUAGCAGGGAUCUUAAAGGUAAAGGUAAAGGGACCCCUGACCAUUAGGUCCAGUUGUGGCCGACUCUGGGGUUGCAGUGCUCAUCUCACUUUACGGGCCGAGGGAGUCGGCGUACAGCUUCCGGGUCAUGUGGCCAGCAUGACUAAGCCGCUUCUGGCGAACCAGAGCAGCGCACGGAAACGCCGUUUACCUUCCUGCCGGAGCGGUACCUGUUUAUCUACUUGACUUGACGUGCUUUCGAACUGCUAGGUUGGCAGGAGCAGGGACCGAGCAACGGGAGCUCACCCCAUCGCGGGGAUUCGAACCACCAAUCUUCUGAUCAGCAAGCCAUAGACUCUGUGGUUUAACCCACAGCGCCACCCGUGUCCCAUAGCAGGGAUAUUACUUAUUACUUAUUAAAUUUGUUAGUUUUUAUUUAUACUUUUCAAGUUUAUACAUUUCAUUAGUUUUACAAUCAAUUUAACAUUUCAGAGUUUGACUUCCUUCUGCCAUUCCUUAAAUUAAUUUUUUAAUAUCUUCUGCAUAUCCAAAUUCAUUCAAUUUACUCAUUUAAUUAUCUACUUUAAAUAUACUCUCUUAUGAAACUGCAGGUUAUUACAGUAAUCCUGCCAAUGUCUUUAUCUGUUUGCAAUUUAUCUGUAAAUAUUCAAUAAACCAUUUCCAGUGUGUUAUCUUCAUUUCUUAUUCUUCCGGUAAGUUUCGCCAUUUAUGCAUAUUCUUAUGGAAUUUGUUUGGCUUUUUAUCUUGGCCCAAGACAACGCAAAAUGACUUACAGCCAAUACAAUAUGUCUCAGGGAAGAUCACUAAUGACCCUGCCGGUUCCCAUUUCAGCUAAGAGACCAGUAUGGACCAGUGUUCACAGUUCACUUGGGACCCAGACGGGUGGUCGUCUUGUAUGGAUACAAGGCCAUCAAGGAAGCCCUGGUGGACCAUGCAGAAGAGUUCAGUAGUAGAGGGUACUUGGCCACAGUGGACGACUUCGUUCAGGGUUUCGGUGAGUUCCAAAGAGAUCAGUCAGUUACCCGGAGCCACAGCAGAAAUAAGUCUGUACUUGUUGUUGUUGUUUAGUCAUUUAGUCGUGUCCGACUCUUUGUGACGACCUGGACCAGAGCACGCCAGGCACUCCUGUCUUCCACUGCCUCCCGCAGUUUGGUCAAUCUCAUGCUGGUAGCUUCAAGAACGCUGUCCAACCUUCUCGUCCUCUGUCGCCCCCUUCUCCUUGUGCCCUCCAUCUUUCCCAACAUCAGGGUCUUUUCCAGGGAGUCUUCUCUUCUCAUGAGGUGGCCAAAGUCUUGGAGCCUCAGCUUCAGGAUCUGUCCUUCCAGUGAGCACUCAGGACUGAUUUCCUUAGGAAUGGAUCGAUCUUCUUGCAGUCCAUGGGACUCUCAAGAGUCUCCUCCAGCACCAGAAUUCAAAAGCAUCCAUUCUUCAGUGAUCAGCCGUCUUUAUGGUCCAGCUCUCACUUCCAUACAUCACUACUGGGAAAACCAUAGCUUUAACUAUACGGACCUUUGUUGGCAAGGUGAUGUCUCUGCUUUUUAAGAUGCUGUCUAGGUUUGUCAUUGCUUUUCUCCCAAGAAGUCUGCACUAGUCUUCCAUAUUAGUAUGUUUGCAGGGCCGUUCCCAGUAAGCAACCCAUCUGAAGCAUGUUUUGCUAUUCUAGAAUCUCAACGGCCUGGUGUCUUCGUCUUUCACCCGCUUUUGCAGUCCUUCUUAUUUAUGUAGCUCUCUAUGGAGCUUUGACCACAACAGCUCUUGGUGUUGAACAACAUCUCAGCGCUUGCAAACAACCCUGGUUACCUAGAGCAGUCUCCUUCAACCUUGGCACCCAGAUAUUGGUGGACUACAAUUCCCAUCAUCCUUGCUGAACUGGCUGGGGAUGUUGGGAGCACCAGUCCCAGCUGUAGGAUAUAUCCAGCCUCAUAUAACCAACAUGUUUAACUCUAAUUAAUGGAUGGAGGGGUUAAGUCCACAGAGUAAGCUACCAUGCCAGGCUUAGCUAGGCCACACCCCCUCACCUUGGGAGAAGGUUUACCAAACCCUUUGUUCUCUAUUGUUCCACCAUGUGAACCCUGUCACUAAGGAGGUCUAAACUGGAUGUUUAGACUGCAUGGCUUUAGUCAGCCACCUUUGUACUUCUAUACAAAUAAUUGAGAAACGUUUACCACUUUUUUGAACCCAAUAUACUACCUCUGUCUUUUCUGGAGGCAACUUUUGAAGAGUCUGUAAGUAAACCAUUUUUAGCUUAUCAACCAGGUGGUCUCCUUCUCAGCUAAGGGAAGCAGGGAGCUUUGGAAGAAGGGGAUAUUUUAAAGGUCUAACAGCCUUUAUUUCAGGAUUUAACCUUCCACUGGGCCUGUUAAGACAGAGCUAUUCCGCCUGGCCUUUAAUUUGAAUUCAGCCUGAUCUUUUAUUUCCCUUCCCUCCCCUUUUAUGAAGAUCACCCACUCUGAGACCCCACAGCUAAUUCUCCCCUGGUCUCCUCACUGGCCCAAGUAGGACUAAUUCAGCCAGCUAGCCCUGGUGACUAUCCAAUGUUUAUUGGAUGGAUUUCCCCCAAAUUGAUUUCUGAAUUUUGAAUUUUAUUGAUAUUCAUGUUUUUAUACUGAAUUUUAUGCUGCUUUUACAAUUAAGUGUUUUAAAUUUGUUGUUAGCCACCCUGAGCCCGGUUUUUGAACCGGGAAUGGCGGGGUAUAAAUAAAAUUUUAUUAUUAUUAUUUAUUUCCAUGCUUCACUUUGCUGCAUGCUUUAUGAUUUUAAAUCUCUGCUGGGGCUCUAUGAACCACCCAACGUGAGAGCAGAUUAAUGCACAAACAGGGUCAUUCUGAAGAAUGAAAGCAGGGGGAACACAUCUGGAAGGAUGUUUGGCUGCUGAGGGGGUUGGCUUUUGUUUGUUUGUUUGUUGCAUUUUCAGGGAUUGCUUUUGCCAACGGAGAACGCUGGAAGCAACUCCGACGGUUCACACUCAGCACCUUGCGGAAUUUUGGAAUGGGGAAAAGGUCCAUCGAAGAGCGAAUCCAGGAAGAGUCCCAGUUCCUGUUGGAGGAAUUCAGAAAAACUGACGGUCAGGAUAUUUUCCUCCUUUCUUGUACUGUGAAAUAGGGGGAAGGCCGUAGCUCCAUGCUGGAGCAACUGCUUGGCAUGUAGGUCACAGGUUCAAUUCCCAAUGGCAUCUCAAGGUAAUAAUGCAGAUGAUACAACAGUGGUUGGUUUAAUCACGGCUGGAGAGGGGGAGACGGCCUAUAGGAAGGAAGUUGAGCAGUUGGGGGAGUGGUGCAGGAAAAGCAACUUACUCCUUAUCUUAAAGAAAACAAAAGAGAUUAUUGUGGACUUUAGGAAAUGUAAAUUGAAUAUUCAGCCACUUAUUAUCGAGGGGAAGUGUGUGGAACAGGUCUCGGUGUUUUGAUUUCUGGGAAUGGAGUUGAGAGAUGAUCUAACUGGGGAGAAAACAGUAAAGACCUGAUGAAGAGAGCACAGCAGAGGUUAUAUUUUCUGAGAAUCCUCCGGAAAAACAAUCUCUCAAAGGACCUGUUGAUGGCAUGUUACCAUUGUACUGUUAAGAGUGUAUUAAUUUAUGGUCUGUGUGUUUGGUUUGGGAGCUGCACGGCCAGGGAAAAAACAAUGCUGUCCAGGGUUGUAAAGACUGCGGAGAGAAUAAUUGGGUGCACUCUUCCCACCUUGGAUCAAAUCUAUGCUGUAAGGUGCAGAGAUAGCGCAGGAUAGUGUGCACCCUAGAAAUGAUCUCUUUCAGCUUCUGCCUUCAGGGUUAUAAAGACCAGGACUGAGAAACAUAGAAUCAUAGAAUCAUAGAGUUGGAAGAGACCACAAGGGCCAUCGAGUCCAACCCCCUGCCAAGCAGGAAACACCAUCAGAGCACUCCUGACAUAUGGUUGUCAAGCCUCUGCUUAAAGACCUCCAAAGAAGGAGACUCCACCACACUCCUUGGCAGCAAAUUCCACUAUCAAACAGCUCUUACUGUCAGGAAGUUCUUCCUAAUGUUUAGGUGGAAUCUUCUUUCUUGUAGUUUGGAUCCAUUGCUCCGUGUCCGCUUCUCUGGAGCAGCAGAAAACAACCUUUCUCCCUCCUCUAUGUGACAUCCCUUUAUAUAUUUGAACAUGGCUAUCAUAUCACCCCUUAACCUCCUCUUCUCCAGACUAAACAUGCCCAGCUCCCUUAGCCGUUCCUCAUAAGGCAUCGUUUCCAGGCCUUUGACCAUUUUGGUUGCCCUCCUCUGGACACGUUCCAGUUUGUCAGUGUCCUUCUUGAACUGUGGUGCCCAGAACUGGACACAGUACUCCAGGUGAGGUCUGACCAGAGCAGAAUACAGUGGCACUAUUACUUCCCUUGAUCUAGAUGCUAUACUCCUGUUCAUGAGGCCCAGAAUUUCAUUGGCUUUUUUAGCUGCUGCGUCACACUGUUGGCUCAUGUCAAGUUUGUGGUCAACCAAACAGUUUCUACCCAAAUGCAAUUCUGGUUCUAAACGCAGUAUAAGGAGUCUCUAUGGUAUAUUGUAUUUUAAAAUGGGGAAUCAGAGUUUUUAGGGGUUUUUGAAUGUCUUAUGUAGAUUUUCAAUUUCAUUGUUCUGUAUGGGACAAUGACAAUAAAGAUAUCGUAUCAUAUCGUAUCGUAAUGAUAACAAUGAUUUAAUAUUUAUACCCUGCCCAUCUGGCUGGGUUGUCUACACAGAGAGAUACUUUGUGUAGGAUGUUGGGAUGCCACCAGUUCUACAGAGGCGCAUCAUAGCCUUACCAUGCCAACAGCACUGUGUGAGAAAGUAAACUGCUUUGAGGUUUUAUUACAAUCAAACAGUGUAUAACUGUUAUAUUAUUUAUGCAUAUCAUAAGUAGCAGUGGCUAGGUACAUGUCCAUGCUUCAAGCAUGGUUGAGAAUAAAUAGGACUUAAAGCCAUUUUGUGGUGAGCUUUUGGUUGGAAAACUGGAGUAGUAAAUGUUAGCAGACCUGACAGCUUGAAUUGGAUUGAAAAGAUCACUUACAGUUUCUGGAGUUCAGAGGCUUUAUUCACGCAGGAACUAUUUACGGAUGAGUGGAGAUGCAAGGAGAGAAAUAUCAGGCAUCUUGUCUGGUGAGAACAGCAAACAAAAAUGGCUCAGAUUUUAGGGGUGGAGUUAGCUUAGAUAUAGUAGAAGCAGAGGGUGCCUAGGUCACUAGACAAACAGUGCCCUCAUGUGCUUUAAAGUAACAUAUGCAUCAACUACAAACUCAAGAGAGGGAUGAAUCUGAAAGCAACCCUCUAUCGGGAAAUUUUUAAUGUUUAGUGUUUUACAAUUUUUUAUGUGCUGUAAGCCACUCAGAGUAGCUGGGGAAACCCAGCCAGAUCGGGAUAUAAAUAAUAAAAUUAUUAUUUUUAUUAUUAAAUGUAUUUGCUUUAAUCCCACAGUAAAAUGGUUGGCUUUUUUUUCAUUUUAAAGGUUCUUGUACCUAGGAAUCUGACCGAACAAAAUUUCUGAGAACUGUUCUCAGCCUUCUAAUAUGUGUGCCCAAUGUAGUUUUACAAUUAGAGACUGGACAAAUUUCUAUUGCAUCUCAGAUCUUGAUAUAAGUUAAAUAUCUGGUUAAAAUUGUUAUCCAUGCCUAAAGGACUGGCUCCCUUGACCUUACUGAUACAUUUCAGUCAAGGUGGAAGAAGAUAGUAAAUAAGAAAAUACUCAGUCUAGGAUUCUCACCAAAUGCCAUUCUUGCCAUGAGUUAUGUAAAAGCCAAAGAAAACAUACACCAACACAUCUGGGAUAUCGAGUUGCAAAAUUAUAUAAAUGCAGCUUCUAUUUUACCAACAGAAGGCAGGCUGAUCAGCUGAUCAAUCUGACUAUUCCAAAUUUUAGGAAAGCAAUAAAUUUAAUGUGCUUCCAUCUGCGGAACUGAAGGGCAAUAUCCAGGGUUAUCAAUGGCCAGAGGGUUUGUUGUCGAACAUUGCUAAUACAUUCACAGCAAACUGAAGUCUGGAAUGAAUGCAAUGAGAACAAGCGAUCCCCUAAACCCCACCCACUGAAUCCCGACCAGCCUCCAACCUCUCUGCCUUCCAACCACCAUAUUCCCAGUUGCUGUUCUCUACUCAAUUCCCUCCUCCCUCUUACCAUUUCAUUUACACUCUUCCCUCACCUCCCAACCCCAAACACGGUUCAUGCCAGGUGCACAGAACAGGUGAACAGCUCCCCAAAGGGUGGUAGAUCAGGGGCUGUUGGCUUGCCUACUCUGCAGGCUGACUAAGGCCCAGACUUGCAAAGUUCAUCACUAGCAAGAGACAGGGGUUGAAUCCUGGUUUUCAUGUCAUGGCUCCCAUUCUCCCUGCAGGUUCCCCUUUUGACCCCACGUUCUUCCUGAGCCGGUCAGUUUCCAAUGUCAUCUGCUCCAUCGUUUUUGGCCGGCGCUUUGACUACGAAGACAAAGACUUCCUCUCGUUGCUGGCCAAGAUCAAUGAGAAUUUUGUGCUGAUGAGCAACACCUGGGGCCAGGUGAGAACUUUGGCUGAGGAGCGAGGAAGGUGGGCUGAGAAGUUGCCCUACAAGGAGGAUCCCAGAGGAACCGCCCCCAUUCUUGUCACUGAAGGCCGAGGCUGGCAGCAAAUCCAGCCUGAUGAAUCUUUAACUUAGUCCUUUGAGCAGCACACAGGUUAAUCGAGUUCGGCCCUUCCGCACAAAAUUUUGUUGAGUCACUUUCUUUGGUAGGCUUCCAGGUCUGAGAGGAGAGGCAAGAUCAGGUGACAUUGUUGUUUUUCUACUUCGGGAAGCAUAAUGAGGCAGCAGGACAAACCAAAGGAAGGUUCUCUGACGUGCUUUUUUUUAAUGUAUGGAGUUUUAUUGCCACCAGUUUGACAAGUGUUCUGUUUCCACCUGUCUAAGGUGCUUCCAGGUGGGAGGCCUAGCUUAGCAAACAGGUCAUUCAGACAUAGACAACCAUUUCUGCUUUUAAUUUAGCAGAUUUUCUGCGGGAAAGGGCAAAUCCAGGGGAAAUGGGAGGAAAUACAGGCUGGCAUUUAGAUGCUGAUGAUGUGGGAGCAGCUAAAAUCUUGCCCCAUAACCAGUCACCACUUAGAAAAGCAUUCACAGCUUUGUGUCUUCAGUGUAUGCCUUCCGCAUAUCUAGUAAAGGUAAAGGGACCCCUGACCAUUAGGUCCAGUCGUGACCGACUCUGCGGUUGCGCGCUCUAUAGGCCGAGGGAUCCGGCGUUUGUCCGCAGACAGCUUCUGGGUCAUGUGGCCAGCAUGACUAAGCCGCUUCUGGCGAACCAGAGCAGUGCACAGAAACGCUGUUUACCUUCCCACCGGAGUGGUACCUAUUUAUCUACUUGCACUUUGACGUGCUUUCGAACUGCUAGGUUGGCAGGAGCAGGGACCGAGCAACGGGAGCUCACUCCGUCACAAGGAUUUGAACCGCCAACCUUCUGAUCAGCAAGUCCUAGGCUCUGUGGUUUAACCCACAGCGCCACCCUUCCGCAUAUCUAACAGGAAGAUUUAAUAACACCCCCGUGUACCAAAGACUCUGAGUCGGGGGAGGUGAAGGACAUUCAACACUAUUUGUUACGAUGUCCUUUGCUCUCUCUCCAACCAAACACUCCUUGAGCAAAUCUCUAUUUUGCUGGCUAUCAAUAGCGUAUUUAUUACUGCACAGGUUGCAAAAUUUGCCCUGGCUGCAAGUAAGUUCAGAGCUAGGCACCGAGAUAAGUAUCAUAAGUGUGGAAAAAGUGGAGUGCUUAACAUAUGCAGGUGUGAUUUUUGCAUUUUUGUAUGUUUGCUUUGCUGUUGUUGCUGAUCAGUUUUAAAUUAAUUAUCUGUGUCCUACGCAUUGUGACGGCUUAUAGCUUUUCGCAAUAAAGAUUUCAUUCAUUCAUUCGUAAUCAGCCCAGAAACACCCUGGGAGAGUUCUGGGUGGCUCUUCUUGAGACCAUCCCACCUUUUCCAGAGGGGAGACCCCAGAUUUAAGACCCACUGAAGAAGACUUGAUAAAACAGAUAAGACUACUUGGGGGGAAGCAUAAGAUUUUUAGGAGGAGGGAAAAUGUAAAGGUAAAGUGACCCCUGACCAUUAGGUCCAUUCAUGACCAACUCUGGGGUUGUGGCGCUCAUCUCGCUUUAUUGGCCGAGGGAGCCGGCGUACAGCUUCCGGGUCAUGUGGCCAGCAUGACUAAGCCGCUUCUGGCGAACCAGAGCAGCGCACGGAAACGCCGUUUACCUUCCCGCCAGAGCGGUACCUAUUGAUCUACUUGCACUUUGACGUGAUUUCGAACUGCUAGGUUGGCAGGAGAGGGAAAAUGAGACCACUGUAAUUGGCCUCCUGGGAGCGACAUCCAGGAGCAGGCAGCACUAAAAGAAAACUGGUGACACCAAAGAUGGUAGCGAGUGAUCGAAGGUGAUGGAAAUCUCUUUGGUGGGGAAGUUUUUGAAAAUCAGAAAGGGUAUCAAGAAGAUGGAGAACACAAGAGACUCGUGCAGCCUUCCCCAACCUGGUGUUUUCCAGAUGUUUUGAACUCCAGGUUCUCUCAAAUUUCAAUUCCAGUGGGGCAGAGCUGCAGCAAUAGCCUCCAAACAGUGGAGUCAACUGCUGCUUACGUGGACAAGUCGGGGCCAGGUGGGGGUAAGCUCUGGGCUGUACAGAUACAUAAUGUGCUGAUCCCGGGGGCUAACUGAGAGGCGAGGUCCGAGUUCAGUCCGAGGUCGAUGGUGCGGUGUGGAGGCUGUCCGUCAAAGCUGUAGCUGGGUCCAAGGUAGGGAGUCGGGAGGAGUCAGGAACUCUGGCAGAAGAGCAGGACAGGAUGCAGGCAGGAACAGGCUAGCAACAACGUUGCUCCUGCAACCUGGGACUGGGGCUGGCUGGCUUUUAUCUGCCCCAAGGCAUAGGGCGGCCCUGGUCCACAGGUGACUCACCUCUCCUGGCCUGGAGGCGAGCACUCCCCCCUGUGAGAACUUAGUUCCCUCCGCCUCUCUGCCCUGAGCCUCUGCAGCUCAGGAGAGGCUGGAGGGUUUCCGGACCCAGAGGCAACCUCCUCUUCCCCUGACGGGGCUGAGAGUGGAGCACCUGUAGGCAAUGGUUCCUCCAUCACCUCAGGGGCCAGAGCAGACUCAGCUGGCGCCUGCACCUGAGGAUCCAGCACAGGUGAGGGCCCUUCAGGUUCAAGCCCCAGCCCCGGCUCAGCUGGUUCUGGAGGCGGGGACUCCUGUGCAGGCUGGGAUUCCUCAGGUUCAGCCUCUGAGUCUGAAUCCCAGGCCAUCACACAUAAUGGUGGAGGCCUCGCCACCAACUCGCCUGUCUCUCCUGGACUCCACCAUCAUGGAGGGCACCAGGUAAGGGAGGACUGCCGUAACCCUAACACAAUCUCUAUUUCAUAAUGAGCCAUCAUUGAGGGAAGGCUGUGGGUGUCAGAAGCAACAUCAAGGUGCUUGAAGGACGAAUGCUCAAAACGUGACAGAUCAUUGCUCUUCGUGCAGCUGUACGAGAUGUUUCCAUGGAUCAUGAGGUUCCUGCCAGGGCCCCACAAGAAGAUAUUCCGGAACUUGGAUGACAUCUAUGACUUUGUGGCUGAGAGGGCCAAGGUGAACGAAGCAUCACUGGACCCCGACAACCCCCGGGAUUUUAUCGACUGCUUCCUUAUUCAAAUGAAAAAGGUAUCCUCCUUUUAUAACCGUGGGUUAUGAAAGGCUAGUUGCCCAUCGUAACGACCUUCUCCAUCCUCAACCAGCCCAAUGAAGAUGACUCCCUUGGGGGUCUUCAGAGGUGAAAUGAGGCAAAUGGAGACCACAGAGGGAGGGGAGGGAGGGUGGUCUACAGGCAGACUAGCUGGACUGAUAUCCUUCAGGCACCAGGGCAAGACUUCUUUAUUGUCUACCUGGAUUCAGAGAUCGUCUUCAGAGGCCCUUCUUCAUGUGCCGCCUCCUCGAGAGGUCCGGAGGGUGGCAAGAGAAGGGCACCUUCUCUGCAGUGGCUCCCAGUCUAUGGAAGGGAAGAUUGUCUGGUGCCUUCACUGUACACCUUUAGGCACCAGGCAAAAAUGUUCCUUUUUAACCAGAACUUUGGUUGACCUGAUGAGCAUCCCAUACCCUUUUAAAAUGUGGCUCUUUGGGGGGGGGGGUUAUUGGCUUAUUGUUUUUAUUUUGCUUUUAUGUAUUUUGGUCUUUUCUGUGAACUGCCCUGAGACCUCUGGGUAUAGGUCAGUAUAUGAAUUCAAUAAAUAAAUAAAAUAAUACUAAUAGAACUAAUACUAAUACUAAUACUAAUAUUGGACCAGCCUUAUUAGAUCUUUUCAGCUCUGUUUUAAAAGCUGGCACUUUCUGGCUGCUCCACUCUUUCUUAUGAAGUAUUAUAUUAAGUGGUUGGUUAUUCUUUUGCUUGUGCUUGUGUGUGUUUUAAAUGGAAAUCUUGUAAUCUGCUCUAGGGGCACAUAGACUAAAGAGUGGAAUAUAAAUUUAUAAAUAAAAGUGUCUCCUACAUGGGGAGGGAUGGGGGGAGACUGGCAGAGAGAAUCUGUGGCGAAGCAACUGCCAUGUUGGCUCGUUGUGGCCAGAGUGGAAUGUGGGCAGCUAAUUUCUCUUCCCCACCGCCUUUGACUUUGCCCUCCGUUUGGCUUCAGUGGAAGAGAAUCUAGUACACUUAAGAGUCGUGCCUGUUAUAGAUCUAGUCCUAUGAGUUGGGGGGGAGAGAUGCCAGGUGAUCCAUCUCACAGGCUCCUGUGGCCUCUCAGCCACCAUCCCCAGGGAGCAUAGGAUUGCUCCCUAAAUAAAUAGAAUAAUGACGGCGGCCUACCUUGCAGGCCUGUUGUGUUUGAGAGAAGCGUGUGAACACCUUAAGGGCGUUGCCUUUUUAAGAUGGGAUUUAAAGGCGGAGUAAGAGAUCAGCCAUUUUGUGGAGAUAACCAAUUUGAGGAGCAUGGUAGGCAGUUUUCCACCUGACCUACGAGGCGGGGACCAGACCCUCCCAUCUCUGCUUCAGAUUCCUGGGAGGCCAGAGGGACACUGCCCUCCUGUGAGGACUGAUGAGCCUGGACUCACUGGAACAAACUUUGGGGUUGGGGGAAAUGUCAAAAAUGCUUUUAAAUGUUUUAAAUUUUGGGUUUUUUUGUUUUGUUUUUGCUCUCUUGGUGAUGGGAUAAACCUUUGGUUGGGGCUGGGGAUUAGUUUAAUAAUAAUAAUUACAAUUAUACUAAAAUUAUUAUUAGUUUCUACUGUAUUAUUAGUUUAUUGUAUAGUUUGUGUUCUCUUCUUAAGGGGAGAUGGUCAGGGUUGCCUGGGAGUGGACCCCAGGCAACAGAAUGGCUGGGGCAGGUUCCACAGGGGGGAUACACUGGGACACCUGAUCUCACGGGCAGGAGGAGAAAAACAAUCCCUGCCUCUGGGAAGUUUAGGGAAGUUUUUAAUAUUCUGUUGGGAGCCACCCAGAGUGGCUAGGGAAACCCAGCCAGAUGGGCGGGGUGUAAAUAAAUAAAAAUUAUUAUUCUUGUUGUUGAAGGAGAGCAAAAACCCUCUGAGCGAGUUUCAUCUCAAAACGAUGAUCAUGACUGUUCUCAACCUGUUCAUUGCUGGGACUGAGACCGUGAGCUCCACACUCCGUUUUGGAUUCCUGAUUCUGAUGAAAUAUCCAGAGGUGCAAGGUAAUAGGGGACGGAUGCGAGCCAAGGGAGGGCAUUUACAGGUUAAGUUUAAAAAGGGAUGCAUUAUCUUAGGGAGUGGGGUUGGCCAUUUUUUGUGGGCCAGCAAUGGGUGAUGCAGUCUUAAUUUGAGGCUUCUCCAUCCAGAGGGAGAGAAAAUAGGGAGUUGGCGGAGGACACAAAACCUGGACAGAGGUGAGUCUGCCAGCCCUCAAGAGUUGCCUGUUUGAUCUCAGCCAGGAAGGAGUUCCCACAGAAUCAGGCCCACAGCCGUAACUGUUUAAUAUUCAGGACUCAAUACAUGCUGUCCAGCUGAACCACAGGGGACCACUGAAGCCCUCAGUGAUCAGGCAGGGAAUCAGACAAUCCUUAAGGUAUCCUGGGCCCAAAUUUCUUAAGGGCCUUGUAAAUUAAUAUUACCCAUGGGACUCAGUUUUAAUAUCCUCCUUCUGGCACAUUCCCAGAGACACCAUAUAAGCAAGACACCGAGAAGAUCUCCAUAGAAAAAAGUGGCUAUUUUUUCUGAACAUUGUGUGUUUAAGCAAGAUCCAGAUCUGUGUGGCGAUCAAGACUUCCAAGGGAAGCACCUUGGGGUCUAUAAUCCAUUGGCAAUAGGGAAGGGGGGGGGAUUCAAUUCAGUUCACAUUUCUGAAACCGUACGCAAACUGAAACACAGCCCAUCUUCAAAAUUCACAUCUGAAUUUUGCGAGGCGGCAUCCCAGUCAAGUAACAUGCAUAAGGAUGCAUGUUUCUUUGAAUGUUAAUGGCUUAAAAAAUAAAACAAAGAGAAAUAAAAUAGAACACAUUUUAAAGAAAAAAAUAGGACAUAAUUUGCCUGCAGGAAACACAUGUGGCUAGAAGACGCAGAACAGUACUGAAUAACAAGAAAUUAGGAACCAAAUUUAUCACCUCUGGUAUCCAAAAAAGGGGGUAAUUGUUAUAUAUGUAAACCCAAAAAUAGCGUCAAAAUUAAUUUUUAAAGAUGAAGAAGGCAGAUUACUGGGUGUGCAAUUAACAAGAGGGAUAGAAAAUAUAAUAGCUGUAGGCAUUUGUGCACGAAAUGGAAAUAAAACACAGUAUUUUAAAUCAGUUGAGGAAAAAUUGUUAGAACAUAUCAAUGAAGAGAUUAUUCUAAUGGGUUAUCUUAAUGGGGUCACCUCACUGGAAUUAGAUAGAACAGAAAGAGGGGGGAAAUCAAAAGAAGGGAGACUUCCACAAUCCUUCUUCCAAAUGGCAGAAGAUUUAAAUUUAAAAGGCGCAUGGAGACAUAAAUACCCAAAUGAAAAACAAUUCAUGCAUCACUCAGAGGCAAAACAAUCGGCAGGAAGAAUUGAUGGGAUCUGGGUUACAAACAAUUUAACCUUGAAAAUUAGAAAGGUAGAAAUACAACCUAAAUCAGUAUCAGAUCAGAACCCAAUCAUGUUAGAGUUGAGAAGUGCUAGAGUCCUGUCUAGUCAAGUUGCGUGGGAUCAAUUCCAAUCUGUUACCUCUGAGGAUAUGGACAGGCUGCUUGGAUGAGUGAAACCACCACCUGUCUCCUUGAUCCUUGCCCACGCUGAGGGCCCCGCUCCUGCCACUCACCACCUGGCCCAGGGCGGGGCCUGACAGGCCUCACAAGGACUGCUGUUGCUGCCCAGGAGGAUUCCCCUGCGUGAGUGCCUGAGGGUCCUGCUCCUGUCACUCACCACCUAGCCCAGGGCGGGGCCUGACAGGCCUCAUAAGGACAGUUGCUGCUGCUGCUGCUGCUGUCCAGGAGGACUCGGAGGGGUGCAGAGUUCUUUUUAAAAUGUUUUAAAUUUUUCUUUUUUCCUUUUGAAUUUUUUGUAUGUGGGGGGGGUGAGGGUGGGAUGGAUGUUUGGUUGGGCUUGGGAAUUUGUUUGAUUUUGAUGUAUUUGUAAUUUUUACAGUUUUUUGUUUGUAUUCUUUUUUGUUUUAUUGUGGUUUUUUUAAAAGGUUUUAUUUUGUUCUUAAGGGGAGGGGUCAGGGCUGCCAGGGAGUGGGUCCCAGCCAACAAAAUGGCUGGGGCAUGUUCCACAGGAGGGGAUGCACUGGGACAACCGAUCUCAGUGAUCACGGGUAGGAGGAGGAGUUACGCUAAGACCAGACCAUGUCAUUACAGAGGAGGCAGGUUUAGUCAUUGUCUGAGGACUAUCCCUGCCUCCGGGUCUGGUCCUGACUAGACGGAUACUAAAAUCAGCAAGGGAUAACCACCUGACCUGAAGGUGCUGCUGGUGACUGGUGAUUGAGAGCAGCUGCUGAGACCACAUAACACCUUUUCCCUCUAGAUAUUUUUGUGGAAGUAAACUAAAUAAGAAAAAUCAAAAAGCGUAGCUUAUUUCCACAAUAUAAUAUUUCUAGUCGAUUACUUCUCGUUUCAGGGAUUUUCAAGGUAUUUCAUUUGUUUUGUGCAAUUUCUAGAUAUGUUUGGGCUACCAGCUUGCCCAAUACUUCUGCCCAAAAUCUUGUGAAGGCUUUGGUUUUGGCCUUCUUUGGGGAUACCUAAGGUUCUGGUGAGUGAUCUGGGAACCAAUGUCAUGGCUGAGCUAACUCAGAAAGUUUUGCAGUUGGCAAAGGUCCACCAUCACACUAGUAUUACGUAUCAGCACCAAGGAAAUGGGCUUACAGAAAGCUCCAUCUGGAACGCAGGCUGAGACCCUACCUGCCUGCAGAGUGUCUCUCCAGAGUGGUGCAUGCUCUAGUUAUCUCCCGCUUGGACUACUGCAAUGCGCUCUAGACGGUGACUGAGAGCAGCUGCUGAGACCACAUAACACCCUUUCCCUCUAGAUAUUUUUGUGGAAGUAAACUAAAUAAUAAAAAUCAAAAAGCUUAGUUUAUUUCCACAAUAUAAUAUUUCUAGUUGAUUACUUCUCGUUUCAGGGAUUUUCAAGAUAUUUCAUUUGUUUUGUGCAAUUUCUAGAUAUGUUUGGGCUACCAGCUUGCCCAAUACUUCUGCCCAAAGUAUUGCACCCAACCAGCUGAUUUUUGAUUGACUCUUGAAUACCCCUCUGUCCAUGCUCCAGAGGGAGUGGGAGGGUCAGAGGAGGAGAUUAAGUUGCCUUCGGUGUCUAAGUAUUUUGCUAACUUGAGGCAGACAUUGUCUGACAUCUGGCAACUUGCCAAUGAGAAUUUGGAGGGCGCUCAGUUGGAACAGAAAUGUUUUUAUGAUUUGAAGGGGGUGACAAAAAGUUUUGAAGUGGGAGAUUGGGUUUUAGUGUUGAAACCCACCCGACCCCACAAACUGGCAGUCAAAUGGCAUGGGCCUGGCAUAGUGAAGGCCAAGUUGAGCUCUGUGCACUAUCUGGUGGAAUGCCAGGAGCUGCAUGAAGCAUCUAGAGAAUAUCAUGCCAGUUCUUUGAAAAGGUACCUUGGUGGAAUUAAGGAGUAAAGAACAAAACUCUUUUAGGUGGAGGAUGAACAAAAAUCUGUUCGAGAACCAAGAAGUAGUGGAAAAAGCAAAUGAGGUCUUAAAAGAACACUUUAAAUGGAAUCUACAUAAGGAAAUAAGAUUAGAUAUAGUGUGAUGGCCUGGGAAUCUGAUUCAGAGGCUGAACCGGAGGAAUCUCAGCCUGCACAGGAGUCCCCGCUUCCAGGGCCGGCUGAGCCGGGGCAGGGGCUUGAACCUGAAGGGCCCUCACCUGUGCCAGAUCCUCAGGAGCAGACACCAGCUGAAUCCACUCUGGCUCCAGAGGUGAUCGAGGACCCAUUGCCUGCAGGUGCUCCUCUCCCAGCCCUGUCAGGGGAAGGUGAGGUUGCCCCUGGGUCCAGUAACCCUCUAGCCUCUCCUGAGCUGCAGAGGCUCAGGGCAGAGAGGCAGAGGGAACUAAGUUCUCUUAGGAGGAGUGCUCACCUCCAGGCCAGGAGAGGCGAGUCACCUGUGGACCGGGGCUGCCCUAUGCCUCAGAGGAGAUAAAGGCCAGCCCACCCAGUCCCAGGUUGCGGGAGCAACAUCGCUGGUUACCUGUUCCUGCCGGCACCCUGUCCUGCUUUCUGCCAGAGUUCCUGACCACGCCCAACUCCCUGCCUUGGACCCCACUUCAGCCUCGGACUGGACAUGGACCACCCUGCAUGGUAACACACACACCCCGGGACCAAUACAUAUAGUAUGGGAUGCGAGUAAAGCAGUUAUGCGAGGCUUCCUGAUACAGCAAAAUAGUUAUAAGAAAAAGAUGAGAGAGAAGAAGAAAGAAGAAAUUCUGACCCAUCUUGCAGAAAAUGAGAGAAAAUUAACAUUAAAACCAAAAGACGAACAAAUAAAACAAUUAAAAUGUUACAAACUCAAUUCUCCAUACUGGUGAACGAAGAAGUUGAAUGGAAGAUAACAUUUAUGAGACAAAAAUACUUUGAGUCGGCCAACAAAACAGGGAAAUUAUUCGCGUGGCAACUAAGGAAAAGACAAAACCAGAAUAUAAUAAAUAAAAUAAGGACAGGAGAAGAUCAAACGGAAGACCCAAAAGAGAUAAGAAAAGCAUUUCAGAGGUUUUACAAAGAAUUGUACAGGAAAGAGGAAGAUGAUAUAAGAAAAGUGGGAAAAUAUUUGGAAGAGCAUAAAGGAAAACAAAUAUCGGCUGAAGACAGAGAACAACUAAAUAACCCAAUAACGAUACAAGAAAUUCAAAAUGCAAUUAAAAGAAUGAAAUUAGGUAAAGCCCCAGGACCUGAUGGACUCUCUACUAAAUAUUAUAAAACCCUGUGUGGACAGCUGACUCCAGUUCUCUGUGAGUUAAUGAACAAUAUCUUACAAGGAGGAAAUAUCCCGAAUACUUGGAAAGAGGCGUACAUAACACUAAUCCCAAAACAGGAGGCUGACCCUUUAAAUGUUAAGAACUACAGACCAAUAUCUCUGCUGAAUAAUGACUAUAAGUUAUUUUCAGACAUACUAGCAAAUAGAUUAAAGCAAAUUCUAAAGGAGGUAAUUCACAAAGAUCAAGCGGGGUUCUUACCCGAACGUCAGCUAAAAGAUAAUGUAAGACACAUUGUAAAUGUAAUAGAAUACUUAGAGGUUAGAAAUGACAAACCAGCGGCAUUAAUGUUUAUUGACGCGGAGAAAGCUUUCGAUAAUGUGUCAUGGCAAUUUUUGAAGAAAAGUGUGGGAUUAAGGGGAGUAGAGGGAGCCUUCAUAAAAGGUAUAGAGGCAUUCUAUUCCAAACAGAGAGCUAAAUUAAUUGUAAAUAAUGUCUUAACGGAGUCAUUUGAUAUAACCAAGGGCACAAGACAGGGAUGCCCUUUAUCCCCAUUACUGUUCAUAAUAGUAUUGGAGGUCUUAACAAACUCGCUGAGAAGGACAUCAGAAAUAAGGGGUAUAAAAAUUGGAGUAAAAGAAUUCAAACUAAAGGCUUAUACCGAUGAUUUAGUACUAACCUUAGAGGAACCACAAAUAAGUGUUAUGAAAGCAAGGGAGGAAAUGGAAGAAUUUGGCAGACUAUCAGGAUUUAAAUUAAACAAAACAAAGACAAAAUUGGUGGUUAAAAAUAUGGAUAGAAAGGAGACAGAACUGUUGGAACAAAAGUGUGGAAUCAAAGUGGUGAAGAAAGUGAAGUAUUUGGGAAUCUGGUUAACGACUAAAAAUAUUAAUUUGUUUAAUGACAACUAUGUACCGAUAUGGAGAGAAAUCAAAAGAGAUUUAGAUAUUUGGAAUAGACUAACAUUAUCCUGGUGUGACAGAAUGUGACAGAAUGGUGGAGAUCAAAAUGAACAUAUUACCAAAGAUAUUAUUCUUAUUUCAAAUGAUUCCAAUUAUUAAAGGUUCAUCACAAUUUUGGGACUGGCAAAAAGUAUUAUCAAGAUUCAUAUGGCAAGGGAAGAGGCCCAGGAUAAAAUUUCAACCACUAAAUGACAAGAAAGAGAGAGGAGGAUUUUCUGUGCCAAAUUUAAAACUUUAUUAUGAAGCCUCCUGUCUGUGUUGGGUGAAAGAAUGGAUAGUAUUGAAAAAUACGGAUUUGCUGGAUCUAGAGGGGCAUAACAACAGAUAUGGGUGGCACUCCUAUUUGUGGUAUAAUAAAGAUACAUAAAGGAUUUGUAAACCACAUAAUUAGGGGUGCCCUACACGAGGUAUGUGAUAGAAACAAAAACAUAUUAGAGAGACAUACGCCAUGGUGGUUAUCCCCGGAAUAAGUACUAACAGUGAAAAAAUUGAAUAUGGAAGGGAGGAGAGCAACCUAUGAAGAAAUAUUAAUGAAAACUGAUAAAGGAUGGAAGUUAAAAACCUAUAACAGCAUAGUGAACGCCUUCACGGGUUGGUUACAAUACCACCAAGUAAACGAAAUACUCAAAGAGGAUAAGAAAUUAGGAUUUAGUGGGGGAAAAUCAAGAUAUCAAAUUGAAAUUAUAGAGGGUAGGACAAAACUUCUAUCAAAAAUGUAUGAAUAUUUGUUGGAAUGGAAUACAAAAGACGAAUUGACAAAGGAAGUUAUGAUAAAAUGGGCAGUUGAUUUUGGUUAUAAUAUUGAUUAUGAUGAUUGGUAAAAUUAUGGACAGAAGGUUUGAGGUUCACGGCGUGUUCCACUCUAAAAGAAAAUUUAAUGAAAAUGAUGUACCGCUGGUAUAUCACCCCAGUUAAACUAGCAAAAAUGUAUAGAGUAAGUAAUAAAAUGUGUUGGAAAUGUAAAACAAGACGGUGAAUUUUUUCACAUGUGGUGGAUGUGUGAAAAAAUGAAAAAAUAUUGGGACAUGAUAUAUAAUGAAAUGAAAAAACUAUUUAAAUACACUUUCCCAAAGAAACCAGAAGCAUUCUUGCUAGGGAUAACAGGGGAUGAAUUAAAAAAGGAAGAUUGCAAACUAUUCAUGUAUGCAACGACCGCCGCUAGAAUCUUAGUGGCUCAGAAAUGGAAAUCCCAAGAAAUCCCAACUUUAACAGAGUGGCAGACAAAAAUGUCUGAAUACAUAGAAUUGGCGAAAUUGACUUAUAAGAUUUGGAACCAAAGAGAAGCAAAGUUCGAAAAGGAUUGGAGUAAAUUUGUAGAAUAUAUACGGAAUAAUUGUAAGAAUUUAAAAACUGUAGCAGGAUUAAUGUAAAUCUUGUGAUGUGGAUGGAGUGUAAAUGUGAUGGCCUGGGAAUCCGAUUCAGAGGCUGAACUGGAGGAAUCCCAGCCUGCACAGGAGUCCCCGCCUCCAGGGCCGGAUGAACUGGGGCAGGGCCUUGAUUCUGAAGCGCCUGCACCUGUGCCGGAUCCUCAGGAGCAGGCACCAGGUGAAUCCACUCUGGCUCCGGAGGUGGUUGAGGACACAGUGCCUACAGGUGCGCCUCUCCCAGCCCUGUCAGGGGAAGGUGAGUCUCCCCCUGGGUCCAGUAACCCUCCAGCCUCUCCUGAGCUGCAGAGGCUCAGGGCAGAGAAGCGGAGGAAACUGGUUUCUCCCAGGAGGAGUGCUCGCCUUAAGGCCAGGAGAGGUGGGUCUCCUGGGGGCUGGGACCGCCCCUGGCCUCAGAGAAGAUAAAGGCCAGUCAGCCCAGUCCCAGGUUGCGGGAGCAACGUCGUUGAAGAGCUGUUCCGGCCAGCACCCAGUCCUAUUCCUCCAGAGUUCCUGUCCUUGCCCGGCUCCUCGCUUUGGACCCCGCUUCGCCCGUGGAGGACUGUCUGCCGACCCUCGACUCAGGUCCCGGACCUCGCGCCACGGUAACCUCCCCCGGGACCAGCACAGUAAAUAAGAAACUGUAAGAAAAUAUUUGAGACAUGAAAACCAUUGAAGAAACGGAAGGAAGUCCGGGUGCAAUAAGGCGCAGAGUAAAUACGAAGACAUACAAGACAUACAGACUGGCAAAACAAGCUGUGAAUUUAUAGAACUGGCUAAAAUGACAGCAGCUAUUAGAUUCCAAUCAAAUCAGAAAUUGAGAAAAGACUGGGAAUGCGUAGAAGAAUAUAUGACAAAACAUUGUUCCAAAACACAACUAUUGAUAUGUAUUACUUGUAAAGGCAAGUAAAAAAUAAGAAAAGAUGACUUAUGGGGAAUAAGUAAAGACUUUGUAUAACACAAUUUAAAAGGGAAGGGAAAGGAAAUUGUUAGCCGCUUUGAGACUCCUUCGGGUAGUGAUAAAGCGGGAUAUCAAAUCCAAACUCUCUUAAUGAAAAACAAAAGAAGCUGUGCUGGGCUGGGGGGAGGUCACAAUGGUAGAAACAAGGGAAAUAUAAAUUCACAGAUAGACAUAUAUAUAUAUGGCAUAUAAUUUGGAAUGUACUAUACAGAACGAUAGAAUGUGCAACAAUGUAAUUUUGCAGAAAUAUUAAUUAAAAAAUAGCGAAAAUAAACAAAAGAUGCAUUAUAUUAGGGACAGUUCCUUUUUUUAAAAGGUCUGCAUGCAAAUGUGUAUACGGUAUUAGGAAAAAUUCACAAGGAAAUGUUGGUGACACUUUAUUUUUUAUUAUUGCAAACUGAUGUGGAAAACUGAAAUUUGGAAAACUGAAAUUGAAAAGAUUCGCCCCUCCCUAUGUGGAUAUGGCUAAUUCUGAGCAGUCUCCCAAAAUUCCAGAGUGCGGGGGGGGGCUGGGGGUUAAAACCAGUUUCAAACUGCAUUUCCAAGCGUAGCAUAAACGGGAGCCCAACACGACCCUCUGCCCAUCUCUGCUGCAGAAAAAGUGAUCCGAGAGAUCGACGAUGUGAUCGGGAGGGACCGCGUGCCGGCGGUGGAGAAGCGGGCCCAAAUGCCAUACACGGAUGCGGUGAUCCACGAGAUCCAGAGGUUUAGUGACGUCAUCCCCACCAACCUGCCCCACGCCCUGACCCGGACGCUGCAACUCAGGGGCUACACGCUGCCUAAGGUGAGCCAUGUUGGGAUUUUUGACUAUGUGCUAUUUGAUAUAGCUUCCCACAGAAGCAAUUAAGGAGUUGGCCAAAGGCCAAGAAGACUGACCAGAGGCAGGUAUUCUGCCUAGAGAUAUGGGACCUUGGAUACAACUCUGCUAUUGGUCAAGGUCUCCACAUAGGCAUGAUGACUCAUGACUGUUGUGGUUCUGGACAGUUAAGAGUUAACACUCCAGGAGCGUUUUUAUUAACUGGGUGCACUGCCCACAUGACCCGGGCAUUUUCCUUUGAUCUGUGCUCUCUGGGGGCUGCUGAGAACAGUCCAUCUGAGAAUGUGAGCAAGGUAGUUUAGUUUUGUUAGAGACAGAAAGCUGCAAGCAUGCAGCUAGAUUCUGUAGGUUUUUCUUUUCUGUUUUUGUAUGCUUCUAAAUAAAGAGUGAUGGGACAUGGGUGGCGCUGUGGGUUAAACCAGAGAGCCUAGGACUUGCCGAUCAGAAGGUCGGCGGUUCGAAUCCCCGCAAUGGGGUGAGCUCCCGUUGCUCGGUCCCUGCUCCUGCCCACCUAGCAGUUCGAAAGCACAAAGUGCAAGUAGAUAAAUAGGUACCGCUCUGGCGGGAAGGUAAACGGCGUUUCCGUGCGCUCCUCUGGUUUUGCCAGAAGCGGCUUAGUCAUGCUGGCCACAUGACCCGGAAGCUGUACGCCGGCUCCCUGGCCAAUAAAGUGAGAUGAGCGCCGCAACCCCAGAGUCGGCCACGACUGGACCUAAUGGUCAGGGGUCCCUUUACCUUUACCUUGAAGAGGCUUCCAGUUGCCUUCUGAGUUAAGGCUGUGGCAGAUCCCGACCCACUUCUGUCCUUCCUUCUCUCACCUGCCUCUAGGGCACGGAUGUCAUUCCCUUGCUGACCUCUGUGCUGAAAGACCCCGAAUGCUUCAGUGACCCCGAGAACUUCAACCCAUCCCACUUCUUGGACGAAGAGGGUCGCUUUAAGAAGAACGACGCCUUCAUGCCCUUCUCCACAGGUACCAGGUUGAGGAUGGCAGGAGGGAGGCAUUCACAGGUUAAUUGGUGGGGGUACUUGGCCUGACCGAAAUGCUAUUUCAUCCCUCAAAUCUCCCCCUCAUAAUCUAUUUCCAUAAAAAAAUUGUUCCAAGUCUCUUGAAUGAACACGUUUUUAAUCGUGAAAACUCUGCACACCCCAAUCGAGUAUUUUGCUCCUGGUGCAAGUAGUAGCUUGGGGGGGGGGGUUGUCGUUGCAACCCCACCAGGGAGUUUUUCAUCUGCCCCCCACCCCUCCCCAUGCCACAGAGCCUGGUUUCCAGCCAAUAUCCCACAUACAAUCACCGCUCAGGUGGCAGAAAAGUUGAAUUGAUUCUCAACUGGCUAAACUCCAGCCUCUUUCACAGCAUGCAAAAGUCUCUUGCUCUGUUGACUUGUGUGCAAAGGCGUGGCUGUUUUUUAGAAUACUUAAGUUGCCUUGUGACUCAAUAAGAUAGCCUAAAAAAAUCUUAUUAAAUAAAUAAAAGUAACAGCUAGAAAGAUUUUGAUUGAUUGAUUGAUUGAUUGGACUCAGUCUGACCCUUACGUUUCCCUCCCCUUAUGGUUUUGAUCUAUGGGCUAUUAUUAAAAUGAGGCUGCAUUUUAAAUUGUAUUUUUAACCUCUAUUUUAUUUUUUUCCCCUUCCCCUAUUAUGUUUUUAUUGUAAUUUUACUGGUGUUAGCCACCCUGAGGGCGGGGUAUAAAUAAAAUUAAUAAUAAUAAUAAUAAUAAUAAUAAUAUUUAUGGGAGGUCAGGCCAGAGUUAGAAAGAUCAAUAGACUACCUUUACUUCUUCCUUGGGUUUUCUUGGAGGUGGGGGAAGAAUGGGGACAUUGGGGACAUUGCUGCUUUAUCUGUGCUUCCUAUCACUGGAGAGGAGACCAAAACAGUACAGUACCUCGGGUUACAUAUGCUUCAGGUUACAGACUCUGCUAUCCCAGAAAUAGUACCUCAGGUUAAGAACUUUGCUUCAGGAUGAGAACAGAAAUUGUGCUCUGGCGGCGCAGCAGCAGCAGGAGGCCCCAUUAGCUAAAGUGGUGCUUCAGGUUAAGAACAGUUUCAGGUUAAGUACGGACCUCCGGAACGAAUUAAGUACUUAACCCGAGGUACCACUGUAGUGCUGCAAAUGAACCUGGAAGGAGACCACUCCACGUCUGUCUGCGUUUUAUACAUCCAUGGACCUUGCCACUUGCAGAAGAAUGAACCAGAUUCCCUCUAGUGGGCAUCUGUGGGGUGACAUAGUUGUAGGACAAAAAAGAACGCCCGUAGGAAUGGCUUGUGCUUCGAAGCGUUUUGUCACUUCAGACGUGGAACACUUUUGACCUUUGUUGACCAGAGAUAAAAAAAUCUAAAUUGUACAAGGCUGCCUCUUAUCUCUUUCUGCUUAUCUUCCCCGGACAGAAGGUGUGUGCCUUUAAUGGCAGCAUUAAAAGCAGAGGGACUUUCCCUGACGGAAUAGGAAGGAGAGCUUUGAGCUGCUUAGUUUUUUGCCAACCCCUGCUUCCCCGAACUGCUGCAGGGCACAAGGCCUCAAUCUUUGCAUAUGGCUCAAGGGCUCACAUUCCAUCAUACAGGAUCUUGGAAGCACCACUGGCAAACCUCCCUUCAAAAGGCGGAGAUCACAAAGCUAGCCAUACUCAGAUUCUUCUUCACAAAGGGCGGCAAAUAUGUUCCAGCAGCCUUAAGGGUUUUCAACGCAAAACCCGUUUCCCAACUCCUGUACGCUGCAAAUGUCUGGCAUAAUGGGGACCUGCCAAAGCUAGAUGGCUUUCAGGCAAAAUUUAUACGAUCUCUGCUGCAGGUACCCAACUGUGUCCCCAAAUCCAUACUGAUGAAUGCCCAAUUUCAACUAAAGUGUGGUGGGCUGCCCUAAAACAUUGGCUCAGAAUUUCAGUGUUUGAUCUAGGGAAGGGUUUGUACCAACACCUGGCCAAUGAGGAAUUUGUCAGCAAAUGGCAGAAAACCAUGGCUAAAAAAGCCACCUCUACUGGUCUGUCACCCCCUCCCCAACUGUAUUACCUGGGUUAUGAAGGCGCCCUAAAGAUGUUAAAGCAAAGAUUAUAGGAUAAUGCACACAGUGACUUGCGAUCUCGAUCACACACAGUCUGUAGUCCGCUGGCAGUAGGAGUACAAUAUGGGCAUGUCUUUAAGUUAACAUCUUACAUUAAAAACCUGACAGUACCAAACUAUCGAAGGCUUUUCACCAAAGCCAGACUAAACAUCUUUCCUUCUGCAGUGUUGGAUGGCAGAUUGAGAGGAGUUCCCUACCAGGACAGACUUUGCUCGUGUGCUAAUGGCAUCAAUUCCAUAAAACAUAUUUUGCUGCAUUGUGCAAAAUAUGAGCAAGCCAGGGCUAAGCUGAUACUACCCUUGCUGGUACCUUUCCCAGGAAAAUCAGAGGCUCACUAUGUCAGGUUCCUAUUGGAAGACUGGACAAAUGCUAGAACAUUAGCAGUGGCAAAGUUUUUAUCAGUGGUUGCAAGAACAAAUAAUCCCUAUAUUCUGAACAAAAUGCUUGUUUAACCUGGAGGUAGGCUGUAUGAAUUGUGUAUUGCUCUGUAAUGAUUUCUUGGGUCUCUGGACCGUAAUAAAGAUUGAUGAUGGUGAUGCAUAUGGCAAAGAAAUGGGAAGAGCUUACUUGCAGAAUUAGAGGGAUAACCUCUGCACCAUCGGAAGACCAAAUUUUUAAUAAGGAAUGGGGAAAAUUUACACCAUAUCUUAAAGACCAUUGUAAACAGUUAAAAUCGUUAGUAGGAUUGGAGUAUCACUUGUAGUUUAAGGUUGAAUACUGGACAUAAUGGAACAGGCAAAGGAUUUGGAGUAUCAUAAAAGAUGCGGGAGGAAAUGAUUAAUAAUGGGACCCACAAAGGGGAGGAUGGAAGUCCAGGAGAUUCCUUGGGAUCUUGUUUUAAUUAUUUCUAUAUCUCUGUAAGAAGACAGGAGUGCCUGGCGUGCUCUGGUCCAUGGGGUCACAAAGAGUCGGACACGACUAAACCACUAAACCACAACAACAACACCGUCUCUGUAAAUUUUUAAUUUGAAAAACCAAAUAACAAUUUGUAAAAUUAAAUUAAAUUAAAUUAAAUUUGCACCAUCAAACACCAGACUAAAGCAUAGCUGUCAACUUACAGAUUUGAAAAUAAGGGACCAGCAGCCUCAAAAUAAGGGAUUUUCCAAGGGGCACAGGUAUGUUCAACUUCUGAGCUCCUCCCAUCCAAAGGCAGAAAGCCCAGCCAGCAGCCAAACGAAGCCUCAAGCGGUGGUUCCCACAGCGCAGCAACCCGGCAAAGGGGAUGCAGCAAGGAACACCACCGUCACCUCUCUGCUGGGAAGCGCUGAGCAAAGGCGAGUCCCCAAGCAACGCGCCCGAUUUGAUUGGCACAAGGCAUGCAAGCUCCACCCCCCAGUCGUUCUUAGACUCCUUACUGGGUGAGCAACGCAGCCAAGCAACACAGUUGGAGCCUCCCUCCUCCCUGGCCGGCAGGGAGGGAGGAAGAGGAGCUGCUUCCUUUGAAACCUGGGAAAUUUAAGGGACAUCAUCAAUAAGGGACAGCAGCGGGACAUGGCGCUGGGAUAAGGGACGGUUGACAGCUAUGGACUAAAGCCAUAAAUUGCUGCUUGAUUCUCUCUGCAGGGAAAAGGAUCUGUGCCGGGGAAAGCCUAGCGCGCAUGGAGCUCUUUGUCUUCCUGACUUCCAUCCUGCAACAUUUCACGCUCAAGUCCCCCGACCAGCCCGAGGACAUCGACCUCACAGCCGCAGCAAACGGUUUUGCAAACAUCCCACCCGCCUACCAUCUCUGCACUGUUCCGCGCUGA